CCCUCCUGUCUCCCGCCCCGCGCAGCGUCUGCUGAGCCGCGAGCGAUCACCAGUGUUCCCCGCCCGCAGGGCACUUCCGGUCGUCCCCGGGACCGAGAGGCGCGGGGCCCACCGCCGAUGCGCGUGUGCGCGGGUUCUUUGGGGUCGCGCGGGCCCGGCGGCCUCUGGGCGCGAGCAGGGUGGGCUUGGCGUCCUGAGGGCGAGCGCUCGGAGGCGCUCCGGAGGGAGGGAAGCCGGCCCGCCGCGGAGCGCGCUGUGCAGGGAUUUUCCUGCUCAUCGUCUCGCUUCUGUGGCGCUGAGGUUUGAGCCCGACACCCACGCCCUAGGCAGGCGCUGCGCCCCAGAGCGACGGCCUCAGCCCCCCGGGAGAGGAGGCUCCUGCGUCGCCCGCGCUGGCCUGCGGUCUCACCCUCGGCCUGGUCCUGCAGCCCCGCAGCUGGGUUGCAGGCGUCCGCGUCGUCCUGUGCAGACAACAACUCACGGGGCAGAAAGGGCCAUUAGACCUGUGUAGAUUUACUCCACGUCGUUCUAUCACUAUGUGUAAUGUAGUUUUAUAAUGUUGGGACUCAAAACAUUUUUUUCUUAAAUAGGCUCGUGUACAAAAAAGUUCGGAAACUUCUUGUAUGUUGCUUAAAACGUGUCCCUACUCUACAGAAACUGAGUUGUGGUAGUCCGGGCAGACCAGAUGGCCAAAAGAAAGGAAGACAGUUUCUUCUCUCCUGAAAAUGCCAAAAGACCAAGACAAGAAUCAGAGGAUUUUGAUAAAGAUAGUGAUGAAGAUGAAUGUACAGUUUCUUUGACUAAAGGCACUUCUACUUUGACUGCGGCAGAAGUUGGGAUAAUUGAGAGUAUUCAUCUAAGAAACUUCAUGUGCCAUUCCAUGCUUGGGCCCUUCAAGUUUGGUUCCAAUGUCAACUUUGUUGUUGGCAACAAUGGAAGCGGAAAGAGUGCCGUACUGACAGCUCUCAUUGUGGGGCUCGGUGGAAAAGCAGUCGCUACUAAUAGAGGAUCCUCUUUAAAAGGUUUUGUGAAAGAUGGACAGAAUUCGGCAGAUAUUACAGUCACAUUGAGGAACAGAGGAGAUGAUGCCUAUAGAGCAAAUGUGUAUGGUGACGCCAUAGUUGUGCAGCAGCACAUCAGCAUGGAUGGAAGUCGGUCCUAUAAACUAAAAAGUCAAACAGGUGCUGUGGUUUCUACUAGGAAAGAAGAGCUGAUUGCAAUUCUUGAUCAUUUUAACAUCCAGGUAGAUAAUCCUGUUUCUGUUUUAACACAAGAGAUGAGCAAGCAAUUCUUGCAGUCUAAAAAUGAAGGAGACAAAUACAAAUUCUUCAUGAAAGCAACCCAGCUUGAACAGAUGAAGGAAGACUAUUCGUACAUUAUGGAGACAAAAGAAAGAACAAAGGAGCAGAUAAAUCAAGGGGAAGAGCGACUUACUGAACUAAAGCGCCAGUGUUUAGAGAAAGAGGAGCGUUUUCAAAGUAUUGCUGGUUUAAGUACAAUGAAGACUAAUUUAGAGUAUUUGAAACAUGAAAUGGCCUGGGCAGUGGUCAAUGAAAUUGAAAAACAGUUGAAUGCUAUCAGAGAUAAUAUCCAAAUUGGAGAAGACCGUGCUGCUAGACUUGACAGGAAAAUGGAGGAGCAACAGGUCAGACUCAAUGAAGCAGAAAAAAAAUACAAAGAUAUUCAGGAUAAACUAGAAAAGAUCAGUCAAGAGACGAAUGCACGAGCACCAGAAUGUAUGGCAUUAAAAGCAGAUGUCACUGCUAAGAAAAGGGACUAUAAUGAAGCUGAGGUUUUAUAUAACCAUUCCCUAAAUGAAUAUAAAGCAUUAAAGAAAGAUGACGAGCAGCUUUGUAAAAGAAUUGAAGAACUUAAAAAAAGUGCUGAUCAGUUUUUGGAAACAGAACGGUUGGAAAGGCAAAAAAAAAUAUGUUGGUUAAAAGAGAGAUUAAAGGCCUUUCAAGACCAGGAAAAUGCAGUCAAUCAAGAGAUGGAGCAAUUUCAGCAGGCUAUAGAAAAGGGCAGAGCAGAGCACGAGAGGAUUAGGAGAGAAGAAUUAGAUGUGAAGCAUGCACUGAACUAUAAUCAGAGGCAACUGAAAGAAUUAAAAGAUAGUAAAACUGAUCGACUAAAACGAUUUGGUCCUAACGUUCCAGCUCUUCUGGAAGCAAUAGAUGAUGCCUACCGACGGGGAUAUUUUACCCAUAAACCUGUAGGCCCUUUAGGAGCUUGCAUUCACCUUCGGGACCCUGAACUUGCCUUGGCUAUUGAAUCUUGCUUGAAAGGACUUCUGCAAGCCUAUUGCUGCCAUAAUCAUGCCGAUGAAAGGGUGCUUCAGGCAUUAAUGAAAAGGUUCUAUUCACCUGGGGCCUCACGACCACAGAUAAUAGUUUCAGAAUUCCAGAAUGAGAUGUAUGAUGUAAGACACAGAGCUGUUCAUCAUCCAGAAUUUCCAACAGUUCUGACAGCAUUAGAAAUAGACAAUGCCGUUGUUGCAAACAGCCUGAUUGACAUGAGGAACAUAGAGACUGUGCUGCUAAUCAAAAGUAAUUCUGUAGCUCGUGCAGUAAUGCAGUCCCAGAAGCCACCCAAAAAUUGUAGAGAAGCUUUUACUGCUGAUGGUGAUCAGGUUUUUGCAGGCCGUUAUUAUUCAUCAGAAAAUACAAGACCUAAAUUCCUGACCAGAGAUGUGGAUUCUGAAAUAAGCAACUUGGAGAAUGAAGUUGAAAAUAAGAAAGCCCAAAUAGUGCAUCUUCAGCAACAUUUGUCUGCUCGUGAAAAGGAUAUUAAACAAAAUGAAGAACUUCUUAAAAGGUGCCAGCUGCAUUAUAAAGAGUUAAAGAUGAAAAUAAGAAAAAGUAGUUCUGAAAUUCGGGAACUUGAGAAUAUAGAAGAACACAAAUCUAUAGAUAUUGCAACCUUGGAAGAGGAAGCUCAUGACAAUAAAAUCAAAAUGAAAAUGACUGAGAAACAGAUGGAGCAACAAAAAAAAAUUUUGGAACAUUUUAAAAGUCUGAAAAUAGAAGCAGAAAACAAGUACGAUACAAUUAAAUUGAAAGUUAAUCAACUGUCAGAACUAGCAGAUCCACUUAAGGAUGAAUUAAACCUUGCUGAUUCUGAAGUGGAUAACCAGAAACGGGGGAAACGGCAUUAUGAAGACAAGCAAAAGGAACACAUGGAUACUUUAAAUAAAAAGAAGCGAGAACUGGACAUGAAAGAAAAAGAGCUAGAGGAGAAAAUGUCACAAGCAAGGCAGAUUUGCCCAGAACGGAUAGAAGUAAAAAAAUCUGCAUCAAUGCUAGAUAAAGAAAUAAACCGAUUAAGACAGAAGAUACAGGCAGAACAUGCUAGUCAUGGAGAUCGAGAGGAAAUAAUGAGGCAAUACCAAGAAGCAAGAGAAACUUAUCUUGACCUGGAUAAUAAAGUAAGAACUUUAAAGAGGUUUAUUAAGUUACUAGAAGAAAUAAUGACCCACAGAUACAAAACAUACCAACAAUUUAGAAGGUGUUUGACUUUACGAUGCAAAUUGUACUUUGACAAUUUACUAUCACAACGGGCCUAUUGUGGAAAAAUGAAUUUUGACCAUAAGAAUGAAACUCUUGCUAUAUCAGUUCAACCUGGAGAGGGAAACAAAGCUGCCUUCAAUGACAUGCGAGCGUUGUCAGGCGGUGAACGUUCUUUCUCCACGGUGUGCUUCAUUCUUUCCCUGUGGUCCAUCGCAGAAUCACCUUUCAGAUGCCUGGAUGAGUUUGAUGUCUAUAUGGAUAUGGUUAAUAGGAGGAUUGCGAUGGACAUGAUACUUAAGAUGGCAGAUUCCCAGCGUUUUAGACAGUUUAUCUUGCUUACCCCACAAAGCAUGAGCUCACUUCCUUCCAGUAAAUUGAUUAGAAUUCUUCGGAUGUCUGAUCCUGAAAGAGGACAAACUACAUUGCCUUUCCAGCCGGUGACUCAGGAGGAGGAUGAUGACCGAAGCUGACCUGUGAUUAAUGUGGGGAGGGAUCUGUAAAAGGAAAGAGUUCUGACUGAUUAAGGAAAUAAAACAAGACUGGGUUACUGUAAAAUAAAAGGAGCCCCUUUUAUCUAGCCACAAUAAAAUGUGUAAAUAAGCCUAGAAAACCAAGUACAACUAGCAGUUUAAAAUUACUAUUGCUUCCUUUGAGAAAUAUCAGUGUGAUAGUGCUGAUUUUAAGCCUUUUUGAGUUUGUUUGAUUUUGAGGAUUUGGGGUUUGGUUUUUGUUUUUUUAACCAUCUACUUUUAUAGAUUCUCUUUUAGAAGUAACGUUUUAUACAUAUGUACAUGUACAUACCUGUUUUAGUUUGGGUUUAUUUCUACAGUAUUUUAUAAGAAAAUAAAAGUUUGAGUACUGGUUUAUGUUUAGUUUUGCUUUUCCAGAAUAUUACAUUGUAUAACUAAAUGAUCAAAAGUAGAAGGGAGGGAUUUCUCAUUAUGUAGAGUGGGUUACAAGGGUGUCUUCGAACAAAAACUGGUUUACAGUGGAUUUAUUGUCUAGUUUUUGUUUAUUAAUUAUGAGGGACUUAUACAGGACUAUAAAUACACUGUGUAGUUCCUGCCUACAGCUAAUUUUUAACCCUAUGGGGCAACUGUAGAUUUGGACUAUAACUUUUAAUUGUUGUAUUUCAUCAGAUUUAAGAUGCUCUCUGUUUAGGGCACACUUUUGAAGUACUGAGGCACCGUCUACUCUGAUGCAUGUAUUCUCAGUCCUUUACAUAGAACCACAUGGUGAUGGAGCUUGUCCAGCCUGCCCUGCGGCACUCUGGUUGGGUUGAAAAGCCCUCGGUUUGGAGUCCAGGGCUCUCAAGUCCAGGCUUUGCUGUGAGGACACAGGGUAGAGGGAACAUACUGAGCAGGCCGGGAAUGGUAGGCAUAGAGCAGUGAGCAGGUAGUCGUGUGAGCCAAAGGCCACCUGGAUGGGAGCACAGAGGUCAGCUGUAGACUCAGCCUGCUUUUAGGUGGUGCAUACGACGAUUAGAUAUAGUUAAUUGUAAAAAAAAAAAAAAAAAGGAAUUUAUGAAUUUUUAAAAGAAAAUGUGAAUAGGACUACUGUAUACUUUGAUCUAGGGUUAGUGCAAAACUUUUUUAAACACAUUGAAUACCAAAAGUAUUCCUUAUAUUACUAGCAAUAAAUAUUAAAAUACAUGUUUAUAAAAUUGAAAAGAAAGUAUUUCAAAAUGUACAUUAAGAGCAGGGACAUUUAUGUAGUUAUUGAGAAAAACUAGAUUUGCUUUUGGUUGGGGAAAGGGGUCUAAAUUGAGAUCAGUUGCUAAAUGAGAAGACCAGAAAUGUGCUUUCUAAUGUAAGAAUUUAUAGAAAGAAGAAAAUAGUGCUGAAUGUUUUAAGCAUUCCCUACUAGCCAUACAAUGUCUGAUUUUUAAGUUACACGUAUAACUCAUUUGUAUCAAAACUAUUUCACAUCCAUGUGCUUUUUUUAAAUAAAAACUAGAAUUUACUAUUUGCAUAAA